AUGGCUUCGAAGAUGCCACCCGUGCUACUUCACCUGGUUUGGCUGCUUACCGGCAUGUCCCUGGCGCAGGAAGAUAUUGACGUAUGCACCCACAUCAAGAACAGAUUGGGCGCUGAGACGUGUGUCGAUACUCUUCAGUCUGGUUUGAAAGGUUUCCGCUUGAGCGGGACUGUCGAGAAUCCUUUGAGGUAUGCGGGCCUUGGCUUCGAUGACAACAUCGCAGGGGGAGCCACCCCUGGAGCCAUGAACGUCUGCAUGCUGGCCGCCUUCGGCAACGGUGGGGUUGUGCCAGAAGCCUGCGUUCCCACCUCGGGGACCGAAGCAGCUGAGUGGAACGGACGCCCGGGGUUACACUACUUCGGCAUGCUUGGCUUCCCUUGCGGCUUCAACUUCAGAGCCUUCGAGGAGGGAGAGACCCUUGACUGGACCUUUCCGACAGGGAACACCUGUAUCGGGGACGUGGAUUUAGAUGUCGGCCUGACAUCCCUGGUCUGCAUGUUUGAAAUGGCCUGUGAGCUCGGAACUACGACCACAACUACUGCCACAGGUUUUGCCAUAACGAGCACAUCAACAAACACUCUCUCCUUGACAAGCAGUUCGACAGCAACUCCAACUACGAGAACAACGUCCAUCUCAACAGCAACAACACCACCCGGCAGCACAACGAUGUCGACAUGGUCAACUUCGACGACGACAUCUUCUGCCACGUUUUCCUCCACGACGGCCAUUCCCGUCAUGUUGACUACCGCGCCCAGCACUUCCUCUACGGUCACGCUCACAGACGGUGUUCCGGUCCUGCUGACUACGACGCCGGCCCCUUCCUCCACGGUCACGCUCACAGACAGCUCUACAGUUGCCUUUACAGUCACUGGCACCACUGCUACAAUUACAGAGAGUGUGACCACGACGUCCACCACCAGCAUGCCCGUGGCGCAAACCAGCAACACCUCAACGACGACAUCAAUUGCUAGUCUGGGAACAUCUGUAUCAACGAUGACAAGUACGAUCCGCACGACCACGCUCACAAGCACCAUCGAGCUGUUGGUGUCACCAACAAGCUCUUCGCAAUCCUCCAGCACAAUGACUGCCACUGGCAGCGAUGAUAACAUAACUGAGCCACCUUGCUCAGAGGCGCCGGUGGUUCCCAACAGUGCAGACUUGACCUACUGUCAGGGAUUGCCACACGGAUCUGCCUGCGACGUGCGAUGCGCAGACGGCUUUACGCGAGCUGACGGAGCUGAUCUUGCUUUUUGCCAGGACGGACGCUGGCGCGUGCAGGGCGAAUGCCUCCAGGAGGAUGCCGAGAUCGUCCAGAGCGCUGCGGUGCAGGUCGUGCUUGAGGUGGCUCUGGACCUUCCAGAAGCGAACAACUACAGCAGCAGCCUACUGUGGGCGCAAGCGCACGAGGAUGAGCUGUACUGGGCCUUCGCCAGGACGCUGUCGGUGCAUCCCAGUGAGCUGCGGCUGGAGCUUCUCCCAGAGGCCGGCUCUGCGAGGCGGCUGCGCAGCACGGCACUCGCCUUCGCCGUUCGCCUCACCGAGCUUUUGAGCAGCGCUGUAGACAUGGACUCGGCCGCACAGAAGCUCCACAGCCUCGAUGGGGCCCAGGAGAUGGAGGUCUUUGGCGGUGCCCUGGCGGAGGAGUUGUAUGGAGAGUCUGGCAACAUCUCCGCAAUUGCGACGGUGGCCAGUGUGACCACGAUCGAUCGCUACGUGCUGCCAGCACCAUCGUGGCGGGUCGAGUGGGACGACUCUGCCUGUGCAUCGUGCAGCGGUGGUCAGUCAGUUGGCCAGGUCUUGUGCAGCCGCGGCCCAUGGCUAGCAUGCCAGGGUCCGGACUCUGCCGCCGGGCCCAUACCGGCGGACGCCCGCGACUGCCCGCCGUGCCGUUCGCAGUCGGACCCGCUGGUCGUUGCGGGAGGCGGGGACUUCCAGCCAGGGUCAGUUCAGCUUCCCAUCUGGUUUGCGGCACUUUUGAGCCUUUGUGCGGGCGUCGGCUGCUGCGGCUCCGCAGCCUGUGGAAUCUUCCUGGCCUGGCGAUGCCCACGGUACAUGUCCCGGGUGGAGCCGGAUGAGCCCCCAGCUCUUUUCUUUCCCCAGGAGUGCGAGCGCGUGCCGACAGACUCGUCAGUUGGGAGCCUGUUCCACAGACCGCGCUUCCUGAGCCUGCCUGUCCAGAGCUGCUGGACGGACUGGGUCGACCGAGCUAAGUCGCGCAAGUCUUCCGGGGAGUUCAGCGACGUCGAGCCCGGUUUACUCCAGCACAUCAGCACCAUGCAGACCGUGGGCUCUUCGAAGAGUGAGGAGGAGGGGUCUUUGGGGCUUUCUAUGGUUUUGGGUUUUGGGUUCUCAAUGCUUAUGGGUUUAGGGUCUGAGGACCGUGAUGCGACAGUUCUUCUACUUUCCUACCAGCAAAGCUUUUUUGUCAUGGAGUGCCUGCUGCCAACUAUGAGUACACUUCGAGCGACGUAUGACUGGCACAUGUGA